UUGCUUAUGGGUGGGACCAAGGCUUAACCUAGAGGUCCGCUUCGGAGAGGGCGGGGCCUGGAGGAAAGCCCACGACCUAUGGCUGGCCAGUUGGACACGGACCCAGGGCCUGGCGUCGGGGCGAUGCCCCGGGAGGGGCCUGGGUUUGUGGUCAGGCACGAGGAGGGACACGGAAUUGGGGACCAAAUCGUGAGGGAGGACAUCAGUUAGGAUGCGGGCUCCGGGUGCGGGCGCGGCCUCCGUGGCCUCGCUGGUGCUGUUGUGGCUGCUGGGGCUGCCGUGGACCUGGAGCGCGGCGGCAGCCCUCGGAGUGUACGUGGCCGGCGGCGGUUGGCGUUUCCUGCGCAUCGUUUGCAAGACGGCUAAGCGGGACCUGUUUGGGCUCUCUGUGCUGAUUCGCGUGCGCCUGGAGCUGAGGCAGCACCAGCGCACCCGCCACACCAUCCCGCAGAUCUUCCAGGCGGUAGCACAGCGACACCCUGAGCGUCUGGCGCUGGUGGAUGCAGGCAGCGGUGCGUGCUGGACCUUCAAGCAGCUGGAUUCCUACUCCAAUGCCGUGGCCAACCUCUUCCUCCAGCUGGGCUUCUCCCCGGGUGACGUGGUGGCCAUCUUCAUGGAGGGCCGGCCUGAGUUCGUGGGGCUGUGGCUAGGCCUGGCCAAGGCGGGAGUGGAGGCUGCACUGCUCAAUGUUAACCUGCGUCGUGAGCCACUGGCCUUCUGUCUGGGCACAUCAGGUGCCAAGGCUCUGGUCUUCGGAGGGGAGCUGACGGCUGCAGUGGCUGAGGUAACUGGACAGCUGGGGAAGAGCCUGCUCAAGUUCUGCUCCGGAGACCUGGGGCCUGAGGGUGUUUUGCCAGACACCCAGUUUCUGGAUCCCCUGCUGAAAGAGGCUUCUACAGCACCUCCAGUACCACCCCCAGGCAAGGGCAUGGACGAUCGACUCUUCUAUAUCUACACUUCAGGGACCACGGGGCUGCCCAAGGCUGCCAUCAUCGUACACAGCAGGUACUACCGCAUUGCUGCCUUUGGCCACCACGCCUACAGCAUGCGAGCAGCAGAUGUGCUGUAUGACUGCCUGCCCCUGUACCACUCGGCAGGGAACAUCAUGGGUGUGGGGCAGUGUCUCAUCUACGGGCUCACUAUAGUCCUCCGCAAGAAGUUCUCAGCCAGCCGCUUCUGGGAUGACUGCGUCCAGUACAACUGCACGGUGGUCCAGUACAUUGGGGAGAUCUGCCGCUACCUGCUAAAGCAGCCAGUGCGUGAAGCGGAGAGCCAGCACCGCGUGCGCCUGGCUGUGGGCAACGGGCUGCGGCCUGCCAUCUGGGAGGAGUUCACCGAGCGCUUCAGAGUGGCCCAGAUCGGCGAGUUCUAUGGGGCCACGGAGUGCAACUGCAGCAUCGCUAACAUGGACGGGAAGGUCGGCUCCUGUGGCUUCAACAGCCGCAUCCUGCCCCAUGUGUACCCCAUCCGGUUGGUGAAGGUCAAUGAGGAUACCAUGGAGCUACUUCGAGAUGCCCAGGGCCUCUGCAUUCCAUGCCAGACUGGGGAGCCAGGCCUCCUGGUGGGCCAGAUCAACCAGCAGGACCCACUGCGACGCUUUGAUGGCUACAUCAGUGAAAGCGCCACCAGCAAAAAGAUCGCCCACAGUGUCUUCUGCAAGGGAGACAGCGCCUACCUCUCAGGUGAUGUGCUAGUGAUGGAUGAGCUGGGCUACAUGUACUUCCGGGACCGCAGUGGGGACACCUUCCGCUGGCGGGGGGAGAAUGUCUCCACCACUGAGGUGGAGGGCGUGCUCAGUCGCCUGCUGGGCCAGACAGACGUGGCUGUGUAUGGUGUGGCUGUCCCAGGAGUAGAGGGCAAAGCAGGCAUGGCAGCCAUCGCAGAUCCCCACGGCCAGCUGAGCCCCAAUGUGCUGUACCAGGAGCUGCAGAAGGUGCUGGCGCCCUAUGCCCGACCUAUCUUCCUUCGCCUCCUGCCACAAGUGGACACCACAGGUACCUUCAAGAUCCAGAAAACUCGAUUACAGCACGAAGGCUUUGACCCACGCCAGACCUCGGACCGGCUCUUUUUCCUGGACCUGAAGCAGGGCCACUACCUGCCGCUGGACCAGGGCGUCUACACCCGCAUCUGCUCAGGCGCCUUUGCCCUCUGACACGCCUCCCCUGUGUCCAGAGCCUCUCAGUUGGGCCCGUUGAGAGGUGGCUAGGGAGCCUGCCAGCCCUGCCCCAUCCUGGGGUGGAGAAACAAUCCAGAGGAGCCUCCCCUCUGCUUCAACCAUGGCCCUGUCCCCGCACCCCCACUCCUGAGGUGCCCUGCCCUGCCUGACUUCCUGCCCUAGGUCUGUGUGUGCAUCUUUCUCCCCGGUUACUCCCUGCUGCUCCCACCUGUCCUCUCCCCUCCUCUUCCUUCCCCAUCUCCUGCCAGAAUGGAGUAGGCAUUUCCUGGGAGCUUGGCAAGUGCCAGUUUCAGCUCCCCUGGGGAUGACCCAGGAGAUCUAGGUAGAAUGGGGGCUCCUCUCCUUUCAGCUGUGCCUUCAGGAGCCCCUGCCUAGGAUGUUGGAGCCCUGUAUGUGAGCUCCGGGCAGGCCCUCUGCCCUCGCUGCUGAAUCAAAAGCCCGGGGUGGUCUGCCAGGUCCACCCAGGUCAGGACCAGGAAUCAGCAAGCCAUGUCUAGGUUGGCUGGAAAUCCCCUCAGCCGGGCCGAUGACCUUGUCCCUAGUGGGUCUUCCCUGUCCCACUUGCCCUUCCUGAUGUCCCAGAAGCUUCCGGAAUUGACUGUGACCACUGGAUGUCAUCCAUGCCAAAUGUCUCCUGAGAGCUCCACUGGCAAGGCCCUGCACACUGCUUGUGCCACUCAGCCUGCCGCUCAGAUGACACUGUCCUUGGAAGAGGCCUCUUGGUAUCCCCACUCAGCAUGGCUGCUGGUGGGACCGUGAGGAUGGCAGUGAGAAGUGGUGGGAGUCUCUGGCCUGGUGAUAGAACCUGGGGUCGCCUCUAGGCUCAGGGCCUGCAGCCCGUUGAUCACUACUGGCCGCCUAGUAACAACCCAGCCUGUGCUGGUGGUGGCGGCCUCUUAGACAGCUCUGCUGGAUGCUUUGGUUGUCCCUGUCGAUGCCUGGUGGCUCAUCCCACACUCAAAAUGCUGGGGCUGUCCAUCCCAUCCAGCCAGACAGUGCAGCCCCUUAAGGGGGGGGACAGGUCGUAAAUGGCCACAUAGGCCUUUCCAAGCACGGAGGUUUUGUCUCCUCUCCUAGUUGAGUUUAAGAAAUAAACCUGCUGAGCGUCCAGGGCCCUAUGGGAGCGCAGCCAUUCACUCUCCCCUCUUGUGGCAUGGAAAUCUUCCUGGGGUUCGGCAGGACUCUCACUUGACACACGACAUGCUCUGCCUUUUGUUGGUGUGCUGCCUGUCGCCCAGGGGGAUCUUGGGGACUGGGACAAGCACAUCAGUGUUCUCACCACCUGCCUGCCACCUGCGGUCUUGGAAGCGCCAUCCAGUCUGCUGUGGGUUGUGGCAGGUGCUCAGGGUGUCCCAGAGCUGAAGGUGUUCCCUGGCACUUCGGGCUGCCCUAGAAGAGUGCCCGUGUGUGAGGAAGCACCAGAUGGGGCCACCGCUUUGGGUGACAGCCCUGGGCCUGUGACAGAGGCUGGCUGAGCUGGGACUCAAAUGCGGAACAUCAAGCUCUGCAUUCUAUGCUCGACUAUCCCCUGCUGCCCCCCCACACCUGCCACUGCUGGAUGUUUGUACUUCAGGGAAGCAGAGCGUUUGCUGGGCGGGGAUGACCCCUGACCCUGGGGUGCAGGCACAGACAGGCCUUGGCUGGCUCAAGGGUGGGUGAGCCAUCCAUGCUGGGCUUGUCCUUGGACCACAUUGUAAGGAGGGCGUGUGAGUGGGGGAGGCACUGUGCCACCUGGGGGCAUCAUCACCUUCCCUGCUGUACUGAUAGGGAAACUGAGGCACAGGGAGGGGGUGAAGAUAGUGUGGGAGUACUUGGUGAGAAAGCCCAGCAGUGAACUUUUUUGUCCCAAAGCCUGUGACCCUAGUCGUUACUACUUAAAUUCCCCCCAGGUCCAGAUGAUUCUUAAUGACUGGCCUCCAUGUUCCUUUAAAAAUUAUUAGAGCUGUUUUAGCUUCAUAAAAACAUGAAGGGACUGUACAUGGAGUUCCCAUCAAUCCUCUCCCAGGCACCUCAGCUCCUGAUUGAUAGCAUAUUAGAUUGCCAUAUGUUACCAUCGCUGAGUUGAUCAAUACGUUCAGUCCUCCACUGACAUGAGAGUUCACUCUGUUGUGUAGGGGGUUUUGGCAAAUACAACAUCAGUUUCACUGCCUAAAAUUCCCUGGGCGCCACCCUGGAUCUCUUCUCAGAACCCCUGGUCAUCACUAAUCUUUUGACCAUCUCUAGUUUUGCCUUUUCCAGGGUCAUGUACUUGGAAUCUCACUUCACUUAGCAAGAAGUACCGAGGGUCCCCCCAUGUCUUUUUAUUUCUUCAUAGCUCUAUUUUUUUUUUUUAUACCAAAUGAGAGCCUGUGACUUGCCCCCUAGGACCUUCAUGAGUCAGGAAUUAAGGUGGCAUCUGAAAGCACAGUCCCGAACUUCUCCUUUAUGGAGGGUCUUAGGAGUGGAGAGAAGGGAAUUUUUUGCAUUUUUGAUCUGGGGGAGAAACUUGCCCCAGCCCAGCAUGUCGGGAAUACCUUAUGAGAGUCAGGGACAAAGAAGGAGCAGCAGUUUCCUGAGGAAUAGGGUAGAGGUGAGAGCCUUCUGGAGAGGGGCAGCUUCGAACUGGGCCUCUUCCUCACCCUACCCUGUUUGAUCAGGGGUGUCCACCACCGGGGAGGUUCCAGGCUCUCUGGUCAGCCCUGUCGUCCUGCAGCCUCCUCACCAGUUUCCAGCUGGCUGGCUGCUGUGCCUUUGCUCCUGCCGCCUCUGGUGCCUGACCAAUGUCGCCCCCCUGUGCCCGGGCCACUCCUACUAUGUGCUAGUUGAGAUGUCAUUCACUUGUGAAAUCUGCCCUUCUAAAAUUGUAUGACUCACCAGUUUUUAGCAUAUUCAGAGUACAACCAUCCCCUCUUAUCUAGUUCCAGAACAUUUCAUUACCCCCCAAAUAAUCCCACAGCAUCUCCAACCCCUGACCACCACUAAUCUACUUUCUGUUUCCACAGAUUUGUGUGUUCUGAACAUUCCAUAUAAAUGAAUUGUAUAUGACGUGGCCUUUUAUGUCUGGCUUCUUUCAGCUUGAUGUUACGAAUCUUGGAGGUUACAGUUCAGUUCUUUUUAUGGCCAAAUGCUUGUUAUUUGUACACAAGUUUUUGUGUAUACAUAUUUUUAAUUCUCUUGGCUAUGGAAAUAGGUUGUGUGCUGAUAACAUAACUUAGCACAGUUCCUUGGGGAACUGGCAGACUGUUUUCCAAGCAAUGGUCACUUUAUAUUCCUGCCCCUAGCAGUACAUGUUGAAAUUCCAAUUCCCCACAUCCUCACUGGCACUUACCUGUAUUAAAAAGAAACUUGUCAUUAUA